GGAUUACAAUUUUCAGUCUAAACCUGAACUGCGUUUAGUGGCCGAGUGGUUUUCACAAUGAGGGCCUUGCUUCUGGUGUUUUCCAUCGCCCUUUUUAGUUUUUCAACAGCCCAACCUAUCAAUGAAACUGGCCAGUUGAUAGCUGAGAACGCAAGUUUCAGCUUCACUUUUGGAAACAGCACAUAUGAAGUUUCUGCAAGCAGGUUGAAUUGGUACCAGGCAAAUUACGCAUGCAAAAUCAAAGGGAUGACGCUUGUAUCAAUUGAAUCAAACGCGGAAAAUGAGGCCAUCCGCACUGCAGUUCGUGAUUUUCUUGGCGUCGAUGGCUUCUGGACAUCUGGAAACGAUUUGUACCUAGAGGGCCAGUACUACUGGGAUUCGACGGGACACGCCCUAGGACCUUUUCUUGGCUGGACUUCGGGACAGCCAGCAGCGUCAAGUGCGUCUUAUGAAAACUGCAUUUGUCUUGGAAUGCUGAUCAACCACAUGUGGAAUGACUUGAAGUGUGAAGACCCUUAUAGAUUCAUUUGCGAAAAAUCCGCUUGUGUAAAUUAAUUAAAAAAAAAAUUAUCCAUCAUAAUAAUGAUUCUAAGGCAAAGAAACACGUUGGGGUUCUUCUUAUAGAGCAGGAAAGAACAAAAAGUUCCACUUGAUCAGAGUAAUUUGCUGACCCGAAAAAAACUCUUCUCAACUAAUUGCCUUUUUCUCCAUGGGAUGACGCGUCGGAAUCGGUGAGCAGUCUUCCAAAUAA